AUGGGCAUCUUGCAGUAUUUACCAUCUUUACUGCCUUUUGUGGCUCUGCUGUAUAUGCGAGCUCAAGACUCGGCAGCACCACUUACCAAAGAUAAAUGGGAUACUGAAUAUGAUUAUAUAGUUGUGGGCGCAGGUUCGUCUGGAGCUGUGGUGGCGAGUCGAUUGUCUGAAGAUCCUCGAGUGACAGUUCUGCUUUUGGAAGCUGGAGGUCCAGAAAACCAAAUCACUGAUGUUCCUCUCGUAGCAGCAAGUUUGCAACAAACGCCUGUCGAUUGGGCUUACCAAACGGAGCCACAGGAAGCGGCAUGUUUUGGGCUCAAAGGACGGCGCAGCCGUUGGCCAAGAGGUCGAGUCCUUGGUGGAUCCAGUGUCUUAAACUACAUGCUGUACGUUCGAGGAAACAAGAGGGAUUACGAUAACUGGGAGAGACUGGGAGCUAAAGGAUGGUCUUGGAAGGAUGUCUUUCCUUAUUUUCUGAAAUCUGAAGACAACAGAGAUCAGUCACUUGUAGAUACAGGUUAUCAUGCAACAGGAGGUUAUCUGACAGUAUCUACUCCUCCACAUGCUACUCCAUUGGCUCAGAGUUAUGUAGAAGCUGGUUUAACUAUUGGAUAUCCUAAUAUUGAUAUAAAUGGAGCUAGACAAACAGGAUGGAUGAUUCCUCAAGGCACGAUUCGCAGAGGUGCUCGCUGCAGCACAUCAAAAGCCUUCCUCAACCCGACGAGAGGAAGACCAAAUUUAGACAUCGUCGUCUUUGCACAUGUAACAAAAAUUUACUUCGACCCAUUGAAAAGGGCUCGUGCUGUGCAAUUCGACAGAUUGAGAAUCACGUACACAGUAAACGUACGAAAGGAAGUAAUACUUUCGGCUGGAGCAAUCAACACACCUCAACUCCUCAUGUUGUCAGGAAUUGGUCCGAGGCAUCAUCUUCAAGAACUAGGGAUCCCCGUGAUUGCUGAUCUUCCCGUUGGAUACAAUCUACAAGACCACAUUUAUCCUGGAGGAAUGCACGUACUUAUAAACAAACCUCUGUCGAUUGUGCAGCCCCGUAUCAUCAAUCUCAUGGACAUAAACAAUUUUAUUCUGUUUGGUAGAGGUCCUUUCACCACUCUUGGCGGAGUUGAAACUUUAGGAUUCAUCAACACGAAGUACGCGAAUGUAUCGCAGGACUGGCCAGACGUUGAGAUUCAUUUUGUGUCCGGAAGUCCCGUGUCGGACGGCGGACAAACAUUUCAGAGGGUCAUGGGAGUUAGCCAAGAGGUUUGGGAUGCCUUUUACAAGCCAUAUGUCUUCAGGGAUACUUUCUCUAUGAAUCCUGUUUUAUUGAGACCACACAGCAAAGGCUUCAUCAAACUGAGAUCGAAAGAUCCUUAUGAACCUCCAAUAAUUGAUCCUAAGUACCUGACUCAUCCUCAAGACAUUUUGACCAUGGUAGAUUCUAUGAAAAUUUGCAUAGCAGCAAUGAAAACUCCAGCUAUUCAGAAGUAUGGGGGCAAACUUUUUGAAUCGCCUCUCCCCGGAUGUGAUCAGUAUCCAAGAGGAAGUGACGCUUUCUUGGCAUGCUUGGCGAGAACGUAUACGGCUACUUUAUAUCAUCCAACUGGUACUUGCAAGAUGGGAAAUGUCUGGGAUCCGACGACUGUGGUAGACCCUCAUUUAAGGGUGAAGGGUGUCCAUGGUCUGAGAGUAGCGGACGCUUCAAUAAUGCCAGAAAUUGUAUCCGGAAACACAAAUGCACCUUGUAUAAUGAUCGGAGAAAAAGCAGCCGAUAUUAUUCGAGGGAAGAAGACUAUUAUAAAGAAAAAAACUAAGAAAAAAUGAUCCUGAACUUCAACAACUUAACUUUUAAGAAGUCAGUACUCAAGUUUGUGAAUGGAACGAGUUGUAACUGAAAGAUCAAAGCAUGUGCAUUUUAAUGAAGAAAUGUUCUUUUUUUGCAAGUUAUGCCAAACUUCGUUCCGAGCUAAAGAAAUGUGUUUUGUUUACUGAAAAGAACAAACAUACAAGGCCAUGGUAUUAUAAAAAGUUUUCCUGCUGGGGAAAAUUGCUUACAUUUGAGUCUUUCAUUUAUGGUUUUUAGCAUUCUAUAUUUAUUGUUGCAUUUACAGUCUGUAAUAAUUUUAAAAUUAUUUUAGAUUUCUAGAUCUUUAUUGUGAUGGUUUUUUAAUUUAUGAAAGAAA